UUCCAAGAGCCAGCGUAAAAACACUAACCACGUGACCAACUCAUCGCCGAAGUCCCUCUGCAGCUCAUUCAGCAUGAUGGCUGCUGAUGCUGCGGCAGCUUCAUCCUCAACACACCGAUCCGCACUUCAUUCCUGCAGCCUACUGUUGUUUAACUUCUCUAUCCUUCUCAUCCUCGUAUUCUUUCUCCCAGCCCCAGCGAAGGGAUUGCUUGGUGUCCGCCCAGAGAACACUAAAGCCGGGGAGCUGUCUGUACAAGACGGGCUGCUCCAGGCGACCGAGGGGACGCGGUUCAUGCUGCGGGUUUACUACGCAGCAUUCUCGGUUACACAGAGAGCCCACAACCGCUCUGGGAGCGAGAGACCAGAGGCUGCAGCUGCCGCACCAUGGAUCGCCUUCAUAGAGGAGCCAGGAGGAGAGAGAGGAGAGGGGGAGAGUAUGGUCCAUCCCAAACGGAACCCGUGCGUGGACGAGCAUGCGCGGAGUUCUGACAUCGAACUCCUGGGUUCCUUCAGGUCUGCAUCCAGCCACAACUCCGUUCUAGUGGAGCUGCUCGCCAAAGACCUGCGCAAAGAUGAGCGGAUCAAAUACUACUCCAUUUGCGCGUUUGAUGGGGUGAAGUGGGAACAUUUCACCACCAGAGACUUCUGGCUAGCGGUGGUGGAGCGACCCCCGCAAGCGGACGUGUGGCUCCAGUUGGUGGUGUCAGUGUUGCUACUGGGUCUCUCUGCGCUCUGCAGUGGGCUGAACAUCAGCAUGCUCGCCCUGGAUCCCGUUGAGCUCCGGGUCCUCCAAAACAGUGGCACCGAGAAGGAACAAAAAUACGCGCACAAGAUCGAAUCUGUACGUAAACAUGGCAACUACAUCCUGUGUACUGUGGUGCUGGGCAACGUGCUGACCAACACCUGUUUCGUAGUGUGGAUGUGCCAGAUUAUAGGGAUGACUCCCACCUCCCUUGCUACCUGCACUUUCGGUAUAUUCUUUAUAGGAGAGAUCCUGCCUCACUCUGUGGCGUCCAGACACAGCCUCGCCAUCGCCUCCAAAACCAUCUGGGCCACCCGGCUUCUAAUGCUGGUCUCCUUCCCCAUCUCCUACCCCGUCUCCAAGCUCCUAGACAUCAUGCUUCACCAGGAGAUCAGUAAUUUCUACACCAGAGAGAAACUGGUUGCCAUGCUGCGCGUCACAGAUCCCUACCACGAUUUGGUCAAAGAGGAACUCAACAUCAUCCAGGGCGCUCUGGAGUUACGCACCAAGAACGUAGAAGAAGUUCACACUCCGCUGGCGGACUGUUACAUGCUCUCCUCAGAUGCUGUUCUAGACUUCUGUACUAUGUCUGACGUCAUGCAGAGCGGGUUCACCCGGAUCCCGGUCUAUGAGAAUGACAGAUCCAACAUCGUUGAUAUCCUGUUCGUCAAAGACCUGGCGUUCGUGGACCCGGAUGACUGCACCCCGCUGAAGACCAUCACCCAGUUCUACAAACACCCAAUGCACUGUGUGUUCAGCGAUACCAAACUGGAUGUAAUGCUGGAGGAGUUCAAGAGAGGUAAAUCCCAUCUGGCUAUAGUCCACAGGGUGAAUAGUGAAGGGGAGGGAGACCCCUUCUACGAGGUCCUGGGAAUCGUUACUUUGGAGGAUGUUAUCGAAGAAAUCAUCAAGUCUGAGAUUGUGGAUGAGACAGACCUCUACAUUGAUAAGAGGACUAAGAGGCGCGUGUCUCACCAUGAGAGGAAGCAACACGACUUCUCCAUCUUUAACCUGACAGAGAACGAGAUGAAGGUGAAGAUGUCUCCUCAACUGCUGCUAGCUACACACCGCUUCCUGGCCACAGAAGUGGAGCCCUUCAGGCCAUGUCAUCUCUCAGAGAAGAUUCUCCUUCGUCUGAUCAAACACCCCAGUGUCGUUCAGGAACUAAAGUUUGACAGAAAGAACAAACGAGCACCACAGCACUUCCUGUAUAUGAGGAACAAACCUGUCGACUACUUUGUCCUGGUUCUACAGGGUAAAGUGGAGGUGGAGAUUGGUAAGGAGGCUCUUCGUUUUGAGAACGGAGCUUUCUCCUACUAUGGCAUGCCAGCCCUCAUACCACCACUACCUAUAGUCAACAGGUUUGGUUCUGGUAGCAGUGGGUUGAACCAGUCAGAGUCUGUCCUAUCAGGAGGCAGUGUGGGUCAGCUGAGUAUAGGAGGGGGAGCAGUCUACCUACCUGACUUCUCUGUCAGACAACUCACUGACCUACAGAUUAUAAAGAUCUCGAGGAACCACUACCAGAAUGCUCUAACAGCCAGUCUUAUGGACAGUGUACCCCAGACCCCCGAUCCCGACGGGAGACCCACCAUCCCUGAGACCCGCUCCCACAGCAUCGCCCUGCCCCUGACACACACAUACACACACCUUCGACCUGUCCUGGAACGACACACACACACAGAGGACAACACUGGACCACUCACCUCACAGCUCAACGAGAGGAACCGCAUCGUCCGCAGUAAGUCAGACGGACAGAGGAGUCCCAGUGAUUCAGUGUUCCUACGGAUGGAUGACAUACCCUACAUCCAAGAGGACCGACUGAAAGAUCGUCAGGAAGACCACCCAGAUAAGCGACUAGAGGAGAGACCGGAAGACCUCCCGGAAGAUAGAACGGAAGACCGUCCAGAAGACCGCCAGGAAGACUGUCCCGAAGGCCGUCUGAAAGACCGGCUGGAAGACCGGCCGGAAAACUGGCUAAUAGAACGUCCAGAAGGCCAGCUGGUAGAAAUUCCGGAAGACCAACUGGAAAGCCAAGAAGGGAAUGAUGCUGUUCCUGUGGAGUCAGAUAUCAUCUGUUCUCUAUCUGGCUCAGAGGAGACACUUGGGAAGAAGCUGCUACGUAAACUGAGUAACAAGAAGAGGAAAAAGUCCCGGGAUGGUGAGAAGAGUGUGGAGCAGCUAUCUGUGACCACCUAGAACAAUGCCAGAUAGAGAAGAGACAGCAGAGAAGACCUAGCACAGAGAAAGAUAGAGAAUAGACUGGCUCUGUUUCUCUCUCACUUCCCCCCCUCUGUCUCCUACCCACUGGGAACUGGGUUAGAGAUUUGGUUGGGACCAGACUCUAGUAUUUGUCAAUAGACGUCCAGAACCUCAAGAUCUCUCUCUGAACGGUCCACUCCCCAGACCCAACCCUAACCCCUGGAUACCCUCUGUCCACUCCCCCAGACCCAACCCUAACCCUGGAUACUCUCUGUCCACUCCCAGACCCAACCCUAACCCUGGAUACCCUCUGUCCACUCCCCAGACCCAACCCUAACCCCUGGAUACUCUCUGUCCACUCCCAGACCCAACCCUAACCCUGGAUACCCUCUGUCCACUCCCCAGACCCAACCCUAACCCUGGAUACCCUCUGUCCACUCCCCAGACCCAACUCUAACCCUGGAUACCCUCUGUCCACUCCCCAGACCCAACCCUACCCCUGGAUACCCUCUGUCCACUCCCCAGACCCAAACAUAAACCCUGGAUACCCUCUGUCCACUCCCCAGACCCAACCAUAGCCUCUGUAUACCCUCUGUCCACUCCGCAGACCCAACCAUAGCCUCUGUAUACCCUCUGUCCACUCCGCAGACCCAACCCUAACCCUGGAUACCCUCUGUCCACUCCCCAGUCCCAACCCUAAGAAAUCUGAAUGCACUAGCAACACUUUGAAAAGUUUAUGUAAUUAUACUUUCCUGUGGAUAUAUUGUUUCACAUUCCUGACUGCAAAAGGACCAACCGCAUUGACAACCGGUAAAGUUAAAAUAUCAUUUUAUUCAACAUUCUGGCUUGUAGAGGUUGUGAGAGGAAACGUUCCUGAACCAAACGCUCAUUUCUGCCAGAUGUAGAAUUCAAUGAAAUUCAAUGUCGGGUUUCCAGGCUAGCUGGGUAACAGACUACUGAAACAUUAUGACUUUAAUUAAUUGAUGUACUUUACUGUGUGUUUCUGUUGAGUUACCUUUCAUCCACCCAUCUCUACUGUGCUAGAAGAGUCUGAAGAGGAGGCAGAAGAAACUAAAUGAAGAGAAUAAUAAGAGGUCUAGAUCUGAGACAUCUUUUUUAUUGCACAACCAAGAAGACAACAAUUUCUGUAUUCUACCAUCAGACAGUUUCUUAUUGCCAAGUGCUUUCUGCACAGGGAACUGCCAGUGUUCUGAUAACACAAAAGGAAGAAACAGCCAACACACACCAGCCAUGAGAACAAGCACAAUGUCUACAACCACUGUCGUUUCUUUAUCCCAUGUGGCCACUGGAUGAUAAAAAAAGAAAUGCACAAACAGUCUAGUCUCAAGCAAAAACACAAACACACACACACAUAAACUUAGUGAAAAAGCCAUAUAGUAACUAACAAACGGAGCUCCAACAAACCUGCCACCUUAAAGAAGGGAUAUGCAAUAUUCACAAUCCCAAAAACGCACGUUACGUGUUACCUAGAUUUGAACAGGUAUUUUAUUAUGAUUUGAUAAUAUAAUAUGAUGAUUUUAUAUAUUUAUGAUGAUUUGGUGAUCAGAUUUGAUUAUUUGAUUUAUAAUAUGGUGAUUAAUUGGUUUUAUCUGUAAUGAAUAGGUUGUUUAAACAGCAUGUACCUAGAAAACCUCCUGUCACUCCUGCCUGCCAUAUCAUCUCCUUUAUCAUCAUAAUGUAGAUAGACACACUAAAUGUGCCAUCUCCAUAUCACCACCACAGAAAGCAGUCACCAUAAGUGUGAUAUUUCAGUAGGUAACAGUUGUAACACCCUAUCUGUGUAUAGCCCCAUGAUGAAGUGAAGUGUUACUCCCACAUGCAUGACAUUACUACAGAUGCAAACACAACAGGUUAACAAUUCUCUUUGAAGAGACCCCUCCAGGGACACACAAGGGCAUAGGAACACAGGGGGCUGGGAGCUUCUGGGAUGAGAGGCUGCGGCUACAGGAGCCAGGGGGCUAGGGGUGUUGGGUUUUUACAGUGACACAGGAGCUGGGUGUAUGGAGGGCACUGCUUACUGCUUUCCCAGUAGAAUAUGUCCCUAUUUAAGGACAACGCCUUGGGCUAGGUACUCAGCUUGACACAGACAGGAGCAUGACGCAAACCUGUGAGAUGUAGUUUGAUGGGGGGGUUGUAGUGUAUAGAAAUCUGAUAAGCAAUACAUAAGCAUGAGAAAAAAAUACCUGAGUCUAAUAUUAGCUGACAGCUGCACAGAAUAUAGUUAGAGCAUCAUGAUAGUGUAACAUGCUCAAGGACAGACACCCCUGCAAAGUCAGCCAGGCACAGAUGAAAAUAUGCAUACUGUUUUAUAGGAAUGUAUGCCAAUGUACACAGGGGUUCAUAGUUAGAGAUGAAAAGAUGUACAGAGAGAGAUUAAGUUUUAUAGUGCCCUUUAUUAUAUAGGUGGUCAGACAAUGGGCUUUGUCCUAUUAAUCUGUAGCAAUAAUAAUUCCCUAGAACCUGCCUGGGACCAUCACUAUUCCCUAUUGGUUAGCUGCUAUUAGGCUGGGCUUAGUGAGUUGCUCUUUAUUGCACAAUACUGACAGAUGACUGAUUUACUGAGAGCAUAGAGGGCGAGUGGGAGGGAAGAAGAAAGGGAGGGAAAGAGAGGGGGAGGGAGGAAAGGAGAGACAGAAUGGAAAGUGAGCACUGCACGGAAGGUGGGAGGAGACGUGACGCAGUCUGACGUCAAGCCACUGCCUUCGUUGACGCACGCAAACACACGCAUACAGCACUGAACUGCUUUACACAAGGACACCCCCCCCACACAUACACAAACACACACAUGCAUACAGCACUGAACUGCUUUACACAAGGACACCCCCCCCCACACACAUACACAAACACACACAUGCAUACAGCACUGAACUGCUUUACACAAGGACACCCCCCCACACACACAAACACGCACAGCACUGAACUGCUUUACACAGAACACCCCCCCUCACACACACGCAUACAGCACUGAACUGCUUUACACAAGGACACCCCACACACACACACACACACACACAGCACUGAACUGCUUUACACAAGGACACCCCCCCACACACACACA